UGCACUGUGUGCAUUGUGUACACACGGAACGGAACAAAGUGCGGCUGUGUUGGUGCGCCAGGAAAAGGCAAUCAGUCAGUUUGCUAAAUAAAAAAAAGGUUGCUGCAAGAAAGACCAGCUGGGGUGGAUCGCAAAUUCGACGGAAGUUUUUUUUUCUCUACACCGCUUUACGGUGAACAUUAGCAAAAGCAACCCGCCUCAAGUUACGGUUCCGUUUGGCGUUUUGGAUUGGGCGAGAAAGCCAUCAUCGUCCGCUGGAUCGGUAAAACGGGUUGGUACGCGCUUUGUUGGUAGAAAUUGCGUGUCUCCCCAGCGCGCACACACAAGCACAACGUCAGAUGAUAAUGAGCUCCGUGUGCCUUCCAGCAGCACCAGCACCACUACCACGUUAGUCGUUGGACAAAACAACACAGGUUCGGUGCCGAAUUCUAUACCACGCGCGAAGGACGACCGCUUUUUUGGUGAACUGUUGGUAAGCCAGUGUAGCGUGUGCCGUGGACCGGGUUUCCCUUUCACGGGUGAGGCCUGCCAGUGUGUUCUGCUCGACCAAACAACAUCUCCAUCCGUGUCGAACAUUGAUGCUGCGCGUGUGUGCGGUUUAGGGAAGGGCUGCCAGUCAGCCAGCCAGCCAGCCAGCCAGCCAGCCAGCCAACCAGUGUCGUGCAAACCACCCCUGCAACUGUAGUGAACCACGUCUUUUCCCCCUCCCAGCGCAAACGAGUGAAAAGUAGGAAAAGCGAACUUCUCCACCCUUUGUCCAAACCCAUUUAGUGCAAGUGUGCGUGGUUGUGUUCGAUGGUUUCACCCGUCGGAUAACAAAGAACAGCAUCGGUCAAAUGACCUCCGAAGGAACGCUUGUGGAUCUGGAUUUCGGAGACACAAGCACGACGAAUCCCGCCAGUGCCAUCGUCACAUCGAACGGACACACAGCAGCAGCAGCAGAAACGCAACCACCGACGACCACACACACACUCCCCGGAACGGUGAAUCAUCUAGCGUUCGUUUCCGGCGCCACCGGUGGACACCCGCAAAAGCAACUGCCGCCACCAGCGUCGCAGCCGCCAUCAGCGGGCCACGGUGAUCGAGGCGUGAACGAUGCAAUCAUAAGCGACCUACUGCUGCCGAUCUCCACCUCCUCCUCUGCAGCCGAUAAGCAGAGCGUGAACAACCAUCACCACCACCACCACCACUACGACCACCAAGGUUCGUCGCGGCUGCCCGCAUCCUCAGCCGCGACCGUGGCCGCCACCAUCGCCGUAGUGGACACCGGCGACGGUACGCCGCUCGUCCUGCCGGACGUUAGCUUCGAAGGCAUCACGCUGGAUUCCGGCAUCGAUCGAGAGUCGCAGCCCCUGCUGGGGUCGCGCGAUCAUGAGAUUACGUACAAUCAGUUUCCCGGUAAGUGGCCCGCUACAUACGCACGUACUAACACCCCUUCCAAGCUCCAUGACUCAUCGCUCCCAGGCAGUGUAUGCUAAUGGGGGGGGGGGGGGGGGGGUCUUCCCUCUUGAAGACCCUGCUGAAAGUGGGAUGAUGAAAGAUUUGCAGCGGCAGUAUGUGUGUGUAUAAUACAUCUGGAAGGCGCAACCGCAAAAUGGUUAAUCUUUUGGCAAACAUGCUGCAUACCGCUGUGCCCCGAAAGCUAAGAAGAGAAAAUGUAUUUGGCGCUUAUCUUGCGCCGCUUAUGAACUUUUGCAAAAGCCGCUGUUCUUGACAAAUGCGACUGCUACACCCCACCCGAACCCCGGUCGAAAUUGCAACAACCCCUAGAGCAGGUUGUUUUGCGUUGCAAUUCGUCAGGCAAUGUCCCCACGGACGUCAUUCGAAGGAAACCCUACAACUGCUCUCACUCAUUCCAAUGCGCAGUGCAAAUGACUGCUGCUGCUGCCGUCGGUGUCGGGGUUGGGUAACAGCAGCACCAACCCCUCGACGGGAGAUUGAUUUACUUCGAAUAAUGGUGUGCCGUUUGUUGCCCCACAGCUAGGCUGCCCUUCCAGGGCUUAUCGCAGUUCUCGCCAGCCACGCCAGCACGAUGGAGAUGCUGGCUCUCAAGCGAGAACACGACUCAUUGCACAACAAAUUGGUGGCAGGAGAUUUUUUUUUGUAGCGUUCGUGUUACCAUUUCGUUUCGGCCGCGACAACAGAAGCAAAAAGUCCUUUCCUCUUCCGGGGCAACAUGUUCUUAUCACUGCCGGCAGCCGGGCUAAUAAGCUCUCGAAAUGUCGCUGCUUUUUGUAAGAAUGUUUCAAAUUGUUCAUCAUUAAAAUAGUUGUCCCAUUUUGUUACAUCAUUCCGGGUGCUGUCCCGCCCAUGAAAGUGUAAUACAGCUUUAUGAACAGCAUUCGAUGUCGUGAAUUACACCCGUUUAUCAGGGACGCUAUUCGUAAGCAUUCAAACUAACGACGACGAGCCACUUAAUCGUUCCGUAGCGAAUUCCGUAAGCUUGGUAGUAAAUCCGACCAAGCAAAACCGUUUGUUAUUGUAGCUACGAAACCAAACUGAUCGUAAGAUUCGGCUAAGUAUUACUGUGUCGUCCCCACUUUCCAGCACGGCCCUCAUGCACGCACUUAACCUUGGCAGUGAAGCACGAACCAUUAUUUUGCUGUUCGUUGUUUCAUUCCUCUUUGUGUGCGUGUGUGUGUGUGGUGCGGGACGGACCGUUGCAAUGGUCCAUCGUUUUCAUUGAUUAGCUUCACGUUCGAACGGCUGCGGAACGGAUGGUAUAAAAUAUGGCCUUUUUCCUUAGUACAUUGCAGCACUAAAGGUAGUUUAAGUUCGCUUAAGCAGGAGGCGAUUAAAAUUUGCCCAUUUGCUUAGCAGCACGAAUUGUAUGCAAUUACUAAUGCUAAUAGUGCUUAGUGGCAAGGGUUGUUUACAUCAAGAACGCUCUCAGAACACUUCUUUCUGUAUGUGCUAUACCUGGACACAAUCGCCUUGACCGGAUGGUCGAUAUCACGAAAUUAAAUGUAAAAUUUUGGGAAUUGCGCUUAUACAUAGUAACUACACUUAGUCGCCUAUGUUUUGGUUCCCGACAAGUGUGUCAAAUAACCAAAAUGCAUCCCUGUACGGAUCGCUUCACUUGCUGACAACGUAAAGCUCCGGCGCCCUUUUGCUUUGUGGUAGGACCGACCAGGGUUGGUCGUAAAAGCUCCGAACGGGAACUUUGACGAGCUUUUCGAGCCAACCAACCCCGUACAACUGGUUUCGCGGAAAAGAUGUUCCUAGAAGCACUUGAAACCUUGUCUCCCCCUCCACGGGGGCAAGGAAUCGAUGACGACACACCACACACUACAGAACACCAUGCCAACACAGCGAGGAUACGACAGUAACGAAGCUUUUUCCGUGGAAUGUUCACCAUCGCCGUUGACAGCUGCCGUCAUAUCGGUACAUGGGUGGUGGGAGGGAAGGACCACCGUUCGGUGACAAACCCACACUUCAGACGUCACAGUUUCCACGGCGUUUUUCCUUCAGCACGCGUUCAGUUCCACUCUAAUGGUCCCCCCCCCCCCCCCCACCCCCUACUACGGGGCAAACAUACUCACACAAACGCACAGCUUCGUUUUGUUUAGUGGUGGUCGUCGUCGUCGGUCGUUUAAGCUCGACUGAUUUUCCACCGCCGGUCGGCCACGGGCAGUUUCGGUGGAGCUUUCGGGCUCGAGGCUUGCCGAGCCGUGGCGCCAUUCGCCAGUUGCAGUUUUCACUUUCGAGCGAUACCACCAGCACGCGGGGAGGACCGCACAAUACGUCCGGUGGUGGGUGUUGUGUACAGAGCACCGUCGGAACUGGCUCGGUCGGUCGGCGUUGGCCCCGGGGAAGAUUGUUUGCGUGUGUGUGCCCUGUGUUGUGCCUACUGACUGCUGCUUCCUUUUCUGACGCGCGCCCCCCGCGCCUGCUAACUUCCGAGCUGCCGUAUCGUGCCGCGCUGGUCAUGGUUUUUGCACUGAACCGUGUUGCUAAGACAAAGUUGUCUCUUCGUGUGCUAGUCUGCGUUGGGUUUUUUUUUGUUCAGCUCCGCUCCUGGGUCGCCCGCAUCUUGAAUUAGCAGGCCACGACGAUAUCGCGCCUUGAACGCAGGGGUGGUUUGAGUGAAAUUCUUUACGUGUUAGUGUGUACAUCUGUGUGUGUGUGUACAGUUGGAAAAAGCAAAUCACAGCCAGCCCAGUAGUCGGGGUCGGUUUGCAUCUGAAACAUGUUUGUGUAAACACAGUGACCGUGAUUAAUAAGUGGCCUGGAAUUGUGUGUGUGUGUUUUUUUUUCUUUUUUGUUCUAUCGCCAUUUGUCAUCAGAGUGAUAUUUUACUACGUGGUGCCGCUGCUUCCUACGGCGUCCGCAGUUAUCUGGAAAAUUGAUGACGCGUUUGGUCGUGCUCAAGAUAUGUGCCACCCUCUCCACCAUUCGUUACCGUUUUGACAGCAAGCAACUGAACCACUGAAUUCUGGUGUACCGCAAAGGUGUACCUCUCGCGCGCAGGGAACAUCCUUGUUCCGGCGGAUUAUAAUGCCCUAGUGGCGUGGAAGCAAGCAGUCACACGUGUAGGUGUGAGCAGCCAGUAAUUAAGUUACUCCACCAACGCAACACCCCAACGCGUGUGUGUGUGUGAGAGGGACAGAGACAGGGAACGAACGCCACUGCGACUCUGUUGGCCUUGUAAAAACAGUCCCAGCUCCCCCCCCCCCCCCCCAACCGUGCACUCAUGCGGCCGCACCAUGCUCGUGGAAAAUUCCAACAUUUUCAUCCUGGACGAUAGUAAUGUCGUCGCACCGCUGAACGGUGGUGGUGAUGGCGUGGCGGAGGACGAGCCCGAUCGGCGGCUCACGACACCACCCUCCUCGUCGCUGUCGAUGGUGGACGGGUGUCCGCUUUCCGUGAUCAAUCCCACGUACCUGCUGGGCACGGCGGACCUGUUGGCGGGGUCAGUUCUUUGCCCCGCCGGUGAAGCGGCUGGCCGGCUGAACCACGGUCCGGGGCGACCGGUUGGCAACAUGAUUGCACCGCCCGACGAUCGGUUCGAUGCUGGGGUGAAGCACGGCGGCCCCAGCCACCACACGUUCCAGUUCAACACCGCCAUCGUGAGCUUGGCUGGCGAAGGUUCCGGUACCGGUCUGCACGACGGCUCGACCCGCGUCGAAUGUAUCAACGGAGAGUUUCUUAUCAAUGACGAGGACUACUAUCCGUACAACGAUAUUCCAGAUGAUCCUCACUUCAGUGACCUAGUGUACUCGGCAGAAAUAGCGAUCGAUGCUGGCAUCUAUCCGGAACGUAUCUACCAAGGCAGCAGUGGGUCCUACUUUGUGAAAAAUCCCGCCAAAAAAGUAAUUGCCGUUUUUAAACCAAAAGAUGAGGAACCGUACGGAAGGUUAAAUCCCAAGUGGACCAAAUGGAUGCACAAGCUGUGCUGUCCGUGCUGUUUUGGACGCGCCUGUCUGAUACCGAACCAAGGGUAUCUCUCGGAGGCCGGAGCUAGUCUAGUGGACCAAAAACUAAAUCUAAACAUCGUACCGAAGACGCGCGUCGUGCGCCUCGUGUCGGAAACGUUCAACUACCCGCGCAUCGACCGGCAGAAGGCACGGAUCAAGAAGACGAUCAAGGAGCGCAUCCCGGCCGCUCGGUUCAACCGCAUGUCGCUCCCGCCGAAGACCGGCUCGUUUCAGCUGUUCGUCGACGGGUACAAGGAUGCCGACUACUGGUUGCGCCGGUUCGAGCAGGAGCCGCUGCCGACGCGGCUCGGUCAAAAGUUUCAGCUACAGUUCGAGCGGCUGGUCGUGCUCGACUACAUCAUCCGCAACACGGACCGGGGCAACGACAACUGGCUGAUCAAGUACGAUCAACCGUCGAUCCUGCCGACCAGCCCGACGGCGGCCACGACACCGAACGGCGUGAACGGCAUCGCGGCGGCCAACGGCAACGGGUACAUCCCGCGCAGCAGCAGCCGGCUGGAGAUGAUGGAGCACACCGACUGGAAUCUGGUGCAGCUGCCCGAAAUUCGGAUCGCCGCCAUCGACAACGGGCUCGCGUUCCCGUUCAAGCAUCCCGACUCGUGGCGCGCCUACCCGUACCAUUGGGCGUGGCUGCCGCAGGCGAAGCAACCGUUCAGCCAGGACAUCAAGGAUCUGGUGCUGCCGUCGCUGUCCGAUCCGCACUUCUGCGAGGAGCUGUGCAACGAGCUAUACGAGCUGUUCAAGCAGGACAAGGGCUUCGACCGGGGCCUGUUCGAGCGGCAGAUGUCUGUGAUGCGCGGUCAGAUGCUGAAUCUAACGCAAGCUUUAAAGGACGGCAAGAGCCCGGUCCAACUGGUCCAGAUGCCGGCCGUCAUCGUCGAGAGAUCGAAGGUUAAUCCGGGAUCGUCGAGAUUUUUCUCAUUCCAGCAGCGCUUCCAAAACAAGAGUCCGUUCUUCUCCUGGUGUUAGGGGAGUGUGCCGGUGUGUACCGGCGUGCAUGUUCGGCCCCCAAAACACUAAGCUACGGCGAGAAAGCAAUCUCUCCCGCGUGAGCAAAGGGAAGGCGACUUAGAACGGUGCCCUACUGUACGCUGUCUAUUUCGGAAGGGUAACUGGAAGAUCUGCAUAUAGUUCUAUAAUAGCACUGGUUAAACAGGAGAGUCGAGAGAAAGGAACAGUUAGUUUGCGGGCGUGGUGCACAAGUGUGCAGGUAGUUAAUUUAAACGAAAAAAAAGGAAAGGGCAAACAUACAAACAAACAAACAAAAAAACAACCCAAUACCAACAAUAAGUGCAACGGUACAUAUUAAACGUUUAUAUAUACACACACACACACAUCUAGGGAAUAUUUAAAUCAGGUUCGAAAGUAAUCACAAGGCCACACAAGCAUACACACGCCUGGCCGACAUUUGUUCGCCGGUACGUAGUCGAUGAGGCCGUAUCUUGUAGGGCAGCAUAAUAUUUCAUCACAACGAUGCGGCGACAAGGUGUGUGCGGCAAGAAAGGGUCGUCCCCAUAUAGGCGGGAACCGGUUCAUCGGACACAUAGGGCAGACCAUUAUUAUUAUUAUUAUUAUCUCAGGCUGCGAUAGGGGGAACCGAAGGGGAGUUUGGCAUCACCUAGCGCUGCCAGGUUCAGUUUUAAUUUUACUAGUUGUGAUUGUGUGCGCGUGUGUUUUUCUUUUCUUGUUUAAUUAUUUGUUUGUUUUUUUUUUUCUCUCUUUCUCUCUCUGUUUCGUUUACCGACAAAACAAAACGAAAAUGUGUAUAGUAGCAACUAUAUUGUUGGUUGGAUUGAUUUGCAAACAUCACGCGCCACACGCGCGAAGGUUUAGUCUAGCGUGGAGGGUGCCGCGCGCAUUCUUCGGUGUCCUAUCUAAGCAAGCGUUUCCCUAGGAUAAACGCUAAAAGUGAAACGAACAACGUAAAGUCAUCAGUACACGAAAGCGAGUUACUGCAUAAUCAAGUUAUAUCCACUAGUCCUACUACUACUAUAUUAUACGCAAGUAAUCGAUUAUCGAAACCAGUCAGGUCAGGUCAGGUCGGGCGUGACGUGUAGGGUGAGGGCGUGCGACACGGGACGUUACUGCAAUUACUCGCUCGCCCACGGGGCGACCAUUACCGGGGGACUUUACUCGUACGGUACGCGGAAUAAGAGUUUAAUUAGGGGAGGGAAGGUUGGUUGAAUGGUUCGUUCGGUUUCCCGGGAUCAUCCUCCUCAUGGUCCCGCCAUAGAAGGAGGGCAGGGCGCAUGGAAUUUCGUUUCCCUUCGGAGCGUAGCGGGAAAGAUGGAGCGUGGCGUAGAGUAAGAAGGAACGAAGCAACCCAAAAUGCACCCAACACCUCAAGCGCAGCACGGUGUGUGUGUGUGUGUGUGUGAGUGUACGUGUGUAAGCGAGAAGGAAUCGGUGUACUACGAACGGUGUGUGUGUGUGUACGUGCCUGAAAGGCAGGAAGUAUUUCUGCAAUAGAUAGAACAAAGAAGGACGAGUGUAUGUGUGUGCGCGUGUGUGUGUGUGCAUCGGAAAAGGUAGCAACAGCAGCAGCGGCAGCACGCAAAUGAUGCACAUGUGGUAUUCUGUGCAAUUAGCAAACAAAAUUAUACUUGGCCACCACACCCACCACACACCAAGGAGGAUGAGCUGGGAGGAGGCAGUGUUUUUUUUUUACUAAAUUUUUAUUUGUGCCACACGGAAUUUCAUAAACUUUGGAAGUGUGUGUGUGGAUCUAUCUCCCGGCUGGCUCUUUUCCUGCUUUCUUUCGUUCUGUUCUUUUUGUGUUUGUGGCAAAAACACAUUUCUUUUCCGGUUUCCUUUCCUUUACUGUCUCUGGAAUCUUGUUUGUAAAAUAUAAUUAAAACUACUAACAAA